UAUUAAAUUAUUUUAUUUCAAUGUGGCACGCUGUAGCUUUGGUUUUCACUCCACUUGGACGGCGAAGACGGUUAAGGCUCAAUCCCACUGACACCGGCGCUCCAAAUCUACAAUCUCCCGUACUCACCGCCGGCACCGACGAUUCUACCAUAACAGCAUUGCAUUGGAUUAUUUAUUGGUAGAGAGUAGAUGAAGCAGGUGAAGCCGUUGCAGUUGUUUCAUAAUUUGGUGAAAACAACACAGAAUGAACGUGGAAGGUUGAUGGGUUUAGAUGUUGGUGAUAAAUAUGUCGGUCUCGCUCUUUCCGACUUUGAUAACAAAAUUGCUUCACCUUUCAGUGUUCUCGUCCGCAAGAAAUCAAACGUUAAAUUAAUGGCUUCUGAUUUUAACUGUCUGAUCUCUAAGUAUUCCUUGAAAGGCUUUGUUAUUGGCCUCCCUUUUGAUAGACAUCUGGUGUCUUCUGAUGCUGUGCAAAUGAAGGUCUUCAUUGAUAACCUUCGUAGAACAAACAUGCUUCAAGAUGUAGACUAUACCUUUUGGAAUGAGUGCUUCACGUCAAAGAAUGUAGAAUUAUUGUUAAAGCCUUUGAACUUGAAACAUCCUGUUCAUUCCAAAACUAUGCUAGACAAGUUUGCUGCUGUAGGAAUACUUCAAGGGUACCUGGACUAUGUCAACAGAAAAGCAAAGCUAAUAACACCAGAGUAAGACUUCUUAAUAGUGUAAGUUCACAGGCAUGCUAAUAUAGAGGCACACCAUAAAUCACCUACAGAUACAACUGAAUUUAAAGGUAGUAUGGUGGACAUUGCUGGAAUGAAAAUAUUAUUGUCAUUUCUUUGUCUGAUAUAUGCCCCGCUUUAAUACCUUAGUGAGAAGUGUUAAGCAAGAAUUAGUAAAUGCUUCAUUGUUAUUUCGUAAGAGCUGCCCGACAACUUAGCACUUAUACCUUCCUUUUUAAUUCCAGUAUAUUAACUAAAAACAGUGGUUUGUAAUGCAAUGUAUACAACCCCUUUCCCCAAAAACAAGGAACAAAAAAAACAGUAGACUGCAUAAAUUCUUGAGAUUGAAUUUGUUGCAUUUUUCUUGUACUACACAAUUAUAUCAUAUAUAAAAUCCGCUGUUCUAUAUUAUUGAUUGAA